AUGCUUCCAGAGGUUCAUUCGCACGCUGUGUUUGGAUUUUCCGAAAACCUCGACUGGAGUAUACUGAACUUCGUGAAACCAAUCGACGACAUCAGAGUGUGCAGUGCUUGCGGAGUCGUUGCUAGGAAGACCGCCUUCCUGCCAUGCCGCCAUGUAUUGUGCGAGCCUUGCUAUGAGCAGUGGAAGACUGGAGUCAAGGUAUGCUUCCUCGAUGGCGAGCUGUGUCCAGAAAACGAAGUCUAUCGGAUGGAGUUUCCAGCAGAGAGGAUGAUGAGACGUGAGGUCAGCUGCUGGAACAGAAGAAACGGCUGUGAGACCAUCACUGACGUUUCAAGCAUAGCAGAGCACUUUCACCGAGACUGCGCGUACCACUGCACGUGCUGCCCAAAGUGUUCGUCGACGGUUCUUCGGAGAGACAUCAUCGCGCACCUUCAGUCACACUGCACCACCCACGUCUUGCACAGAAAGUCGACAACGUCACGUAGCGAGGAUGUUUCAAAGGAUGUGGAAUACCUUAGAGGAGGUCUUGCAGCCUUGGAGUCAGCAUUCGGAAACGCAAGGCAGAAUGACGCUCAUUUGCUGUCAAAUCUUCCGGGAAUCGCAGCAAACAACGAAGACAAUCUGAACGCACUUUCAGUGAUCGCAGACGAAGUGGAGCAGGUGGCACAGGUGAUGAUGCAUGCAUUGAGUGAGGUGGAAAGCACCAGUGAAGGACGCGUGAAUCAAAGACUGGACAUCAGGAAUUUCGGAGCGCGGCUGUGCGCGGAGCUGGACGAAAUCAAAAGGAUCGCCGAUGAGGGCUGGUCCUGCGAAAUAACGACCCGCGACGAAAAUAUGAAACGUGAGGAGCACGUUGAAAACUUGGAACUUCUGCAGAGGGAAGUGAGAAGCAUUUUGAGUAAGCUACAAUUGAAGAAAAAGACCCCCUGCGAUGCAGCCGCCAAAAAAUGUGCAGCCGAAGAAUUGUUGACAGAGGUUCUAAGCGUCCCCGCGCUCGCUUGCGAAGUAAUCUGUGAUAAGGAAACAAUUAAACUGGAAGGGUUCGUCCGUGUCAUUGAAAAUGAACUGAUGGUUCCCGUCAAGGUGGUGUGGGGCGUUCGUAAUUGGUCGAAGCUCACACACAAGAUUAAAGCAAAUAAGUUCACAAAGUGCGGCACGGAUGUCGCUGUUGCUGAUAGAUACAAGGUAUACCUGCGUAUAAUUGCUCAUCCUAGUGACAGCCAGAGAUUUCAGUUUUGGCCUUGCGUGAAGAAAGAGCCAGGCGCGACUCUCGCGGCCUCACCCAAAAGGAUGGCGAUGGUGUUUGUCAACCGAGGAAGAGGAGACGUGGAACACGAGCUUUAUCGUACCAGAUCUGGGUCAUUUCUGACUUACCGUUUUGGCGUCCAGGAUCUGGAAGGCGGCGGAAGCGUUCAUGACGACAGGUUAGAAGUGUGCUUCAAAUUUGUCUACUAGCCUUUGUAGGCUUGACUCUGGUCCCGCUUUUCGGUUUACAUGCAGGCUAAGUAGAGACCAAGAAAGUCUACUGCAAUAGAUUACUGCUGGGUGUUUGCUAAUACAUGAAAAUACUUUUGUAACU